ACAGCAAACGAAACGGUCAUGUUUUCGAACAACUACUAACGAAACGGAAAUUAAAAAAUAUAAAUUAAAAAAAACACAUUUACAACUAACAAAAAAAAAGAAAUAUUUACGUGAAAUUAUAAAAGAAAUUUUGAAUAAAAUUACAUACAAAAAAAAUUAAAACAAAAAUUCUAUGUUCAAAUUAUAAAAAAACAAAAGUGUUAAACAAAACCAAAGUUUAAACAAAAAAAAAAAACCUCAACCAAAUACUUUUUUUAAACAAAAACAACAAACAAACCAAACAUGUCUUUACCCAUCACCACCUUAAGACCGGAUUACCUAGAAACCUCCACCUUAACAACACCAAACUUAAUGGCGGAUGAAUCGCAAACUGCUUCACCCACAAUUAUGGAUAUGUGGAUGUCUCAGUUACAAAAAGAUCAUCCGGAAAUAUCCUUUGUCAUACCUAGUCAACAUGAUAAUCAACAUAUCGACAAUAUGAUGCAAUUCAAGCAAUUGCUAGAGCAAGUUGGCAAUACUGCUUACGAUACCAUAACAGCAGGUUCCCAACAUCAUGAAACGAAUGUUUUAAUAGAUUCCAUGGGUCAGACCAUAACACAUGAUCAGAUAUCGAAUAGUGCAGUUUUAAAUAUGGCCGAUGUAAAAAAUAAUGCUUUAAAUGGUUUGGAGAGAUUUUUCUCCGGCACCGAUAUGCAUUCAUUGAUCAAUUAUUUGUGGGUUGGUGUGGUCACCUCGUUGAUAGUGUUGACUGUGAUAUUUGUGCUGUUCAGUUGUUAUUUCUAUAGGAAGUUUCGCGAAUGGAAGAAAUGCAAUAAAGAUAUUCGCGCUCAUUUAAAUAACGAUUUGUAUGCUGGAGGAGCAGCAAUGCCUUGUGUUUCAGCUGCUGCGGCUGCUGCAGCUAAUCCUGAGGCAGCCUAUUAUCAAAUGGAAUCACCACCCUGUUAUACCAUUGCCACCGGUCUACCUACCUAUGAUGAAGCUCUACACCACAAUCAACAACAUUUUGCCUUUGGCAUGAAAUUCAUUUAUCCCACUUUGGCUGCUGUACAUCAUCAAGCCUCAAAUUUGAUCAGCUCCUGGGAAAAAUACGACAUGAAUAGCAAAGACCAAAAGACAAACGCAACAGUAGCAACUAAAUGUAAAUCAUCUCAAACCAAUAACAACAACAGCAGCAACAACAACAAAUUGUCAUCAGUUUCAACAACACCCUCUUACUGCUCAUCCUCAUCAUGUCUAACAUUAGAAGCCUCUACAGCUAACUCAGCCUCAGCAGCUCUUUUGCUGCCACCCUCCUAUGAUAUGGCUGCUACAAUGUCUCUGCUAUCAGAGCCUAUGACAACAGGCGAUAAUGUUAGCAUUAACAUGCCCCAAUUAGAGACGUGUGCAACAUCAGCAAAAACCUCAAGUGAUUUAACAGACAUUAUAACUGUAUGAUUAGCUUGUUAAAGAAAAUUUUUUUUUUUUACAAUUUCCCAAAAAACAAGGAAAUUUGUAUUAGGAUUUUAUUUUUAAAACCCUCCUCCCCUCCUCCUCCUCCUUCUCUCUUUAGGAGGAAAAGUGUACAUAAGUUUGUAAAUAGUUUACAGAAAAGUGAAAAGUUAUUAUUAAAAAAAAAAAUUAAAACAAAAUGGAGAAAUAUUAAAAAAAUAUACACACUCAAGUUUCACACAUUAGCAGAACUGUUCGAAACCAAAUUUUAACAAAUUUUUUGUUAAAACAAUUUUUUCCUAAAAUCCCCAUUUUGUUAUUAUUUAUUUAAAUAAUUGUUUAGGUUUCUUUUCUUGUUAUUAUUUAAAUGCCUGUAAAUAAUUUAUUAUUAUUUUUUUUAAUUGUAUAAAUCUAAAGACUGAAUAGUUUAUGUUUUUCCUUUGUGUAUAAUAAUUAUUAUUAUAAUUUUUAUUAAAAUUUUUAAGUUAUAAAAUUUUUUUUAGUAAUUUUAAGCAAAUGAUCUUGUAGUUAUUUAAGUCUAUUGAAAAGAAAUUUGAAAAAAAACAAAAUUCCAAAAAAUUUUAACAAAAAAUUAAAACAUAUUGAUUGAAAAAAAAUUAAAACACUUUUGAGUUUUUAUUAUUUUUAGAAAUUUUUUUCAGUUUUUUUUCCUUUGGAAACCCUUUAACUAAUUUGAGUUUAAGUAGUUAUAUUGCUAAAAUUAGUUUAAACUGUAGUUAAACUAAUCAGUAACUAAAUAGUUUAGGUACUAACUAAUGUAGUUACUCCGAGUAGUAGUAGUGGUAGCUGUCUAACUGGCUAAUAAUUAAACUAAAUCUUGCAACUUUAACCAACCACUACAGAUGUUUGAUAUAUUAACAAAACCUUCUAACCCCACUGCUUUCUGGGAUUAGAGAGCGAGGCAUCAGACCAUAAUCAAUAAUCUGGGCAAAAUUUCUGAUAAAAGUAACAAUUUCUUUGCCAAAACUUUCUGUGAUAAACACUUCUUCGUAUAGAUUCAACACAAUCCUCAUAAGUUGGAAUUAAUACACUCUCAUGGUUCGAAUAAGAUUUACCCUGAUGACUCUCAAUUUAGGGAUAAAAGUUUCUUUCAAACAUCCUCACCAGGUUCCAUCUAGUAUCGUGGUCAUCUAAUAACUAUAAACUAUGUUUAUAUUAUGUUAAACUUGAUCCUUGAAUGACGGACAUCUCUUAAGAGGACUGUGAAGGUUCAGCUUAUAUCACCAGUUCAGCUUGCACGGAAUAUAAGGCAUUAUUGAUGUCACACGUUUAUAACUUAAGACUUUUUCAUUGUAAAAAUAUUUAUAUAUCAAGAAUUCUUCAUAUUGAUUCAACACAAUCCACAUAAGUUGGAAUUAAUACUCCCUCAUUGAUUGAAUAAGAUUUACCCCGAUGGCUCUGAAUUUAGAAAUAAAAGUUUCUUUCAAACAUCCUUUACAGGUUCCACCUAGUAUCGAGGUCAUCUAAUAACUCUAAACUGUGUUAUAUAAACUUUGUUUAUAUUAUGUUAAACUUGAAUGACGGACAUCUCUUAAAAGGACUAUAUUACCAGUUCAGGUUCUACGGAAUAUAAGGCGUUAAUGUUGUCAUGCACUUAUAACUUAGAACUUUUUCAUCGAAAAUACAUUUUUAGAUAAAGACUUCUUCAUAUUGAUUCAACACAAUUCAGAUGAGUUUGAAUUAAUAUUCUUUCAAGGUUUGAAUUAGAUUUAUCCUGAUGGCUCUCAAUUAAGAGAGGAAAGUUUCUCUCAAACAUUCUCACCAGUUCAGGUUCCAACUAAUAUAAGAUAUCGAGGUCAUCUAAUAGCUAUAAGUUAUACUUAUAUAAAGUGAAACUUUGUCCUUCAAUGACGAACAUCUCUGAAUAGGAUCAGUUCAAGUUCAACACUAAAAGAGCUAUAAGUUAUAACUUGGUCCUUGAAUGCCGAACAUCUCUUAAUAUGAUUGUGAAGGUCCAGCAUUUAUGACCAGCUUAAGUUUCAACUUAGGUUCAAGACACUAUAAGAGCUAUUAGUUAUGCGUAUAUAAUGUUAAACAUGGCUCCCAAACAUCUCUUAACGACAUGUUGCUGAACGACGUGUUGUGACGACUCAUUACCGCCCCAUUGAGCUUCUUUAACGCUCACAGAUAGGAAGGCUUCUUUUGACUCAGCAACUGAUACUAAAGACGAAAGUGUAGAGAUGUACAAAUUAGUCAAAUAAGCCGAAGGCUUUGUUCUUACUCAUAGAGAACACACAGUCCUAAAUCUGGUAUGAACAGAGUUUUCUCUGAACAUACCUGGACAAGAAAGCAAGAUUCAAUUGUAUCACUUAUAUAUGAUACUUUCUGAAAGUCGAAGUCCUUUACGUAAACACCUGUCGUGUAGUCUUUUUUAACCAGUGCUUUAGCUUCUGUGACAACUCAUUAGAGCUUUUUUAGCGGUGGUUGAAAUUUACGUUCGAUCCACUUUGGUUAAGUACUUAAGUUAUCAAAUCUCUAGCCUUUGCUGAACCGUUGCUGAACUUCCGAGAUGCAAAAACAAGACUUCCGUUUACAAUCACGAAGAUGAGAUUGUAAACGGAAGUUGAGUCGGCAACAGAACUUAGAGACGUGGACGGUAGACCGAAGUACGAAUCCAUCAAAUAAACCUAAAACAUUGUUCUUACUCACAGUAAAAAUCCGUUAAAAACCUAAGACUUUGUUCUAACUCACAGAGAACACACUGUGGUAAAUCUGUUGUGAAUUGAGUUUUCUCAGAACUUAUCUGGGCAAGGAUGGACAGCAACAGCACUUAUCCCGAAAUACAGAUUUUACCGUGAAUCCGACUUUUAACCGCAACUCACUCUUCCCGCGAAUUUGUGAUUAAACCCCAGCCAUUACUUGGAACUAGAAGAAACCUCAACCAACUGACCAGGCAGCACAUAAUAACCUGUAGUACCAAAUUAUUUAUUUCUCUGGUUCGACCUCAUGACAAAUCAUUCCAUGGAAUAUCUGAGAAUUUGAAUUUCAUAAAUAUCUUAAAAGAUGUUGAAAUAUUCAACAAUAAGACUGUACUGGUUGCGGUAUCAGAAGCAGUUAUCUUAAUGUUCAGGUAUCAAGCAAUCACGUCAUAUGACUUUGUUAUAAUAGCUCCCGAAUACCGAAACUACAUCCGCAGAAGCAGCCAUGAUGAAGACUACUGUUUUCUGUAAAUUCCCCAAGUAAAUUCAUUGCGAUAAAUCGAAAUUUCAUUUAAAACCGAAAACGAUUCUGAGAUAUGUGGUUACAGCCUGAACACUUUCAGAGUGGAAGCUAGAAGAUCUAACAGAGAAAAUUGAGUGCAGUUCUGAGGAGUUUUAUAAAAUACAAUGAAAACCUCACGCCUACGACUGUUACAUAUCACAUCCAAAGUCUCAUUCUGACUGCUAUACAUUCUACGUCUGAAUCCGCUUGAAUUCAAGUAUUGUAAUGUAGAACUUCAGACUUACAUUUUUCUUGGAUCAUUCCAUAAAAUUUUUGUGGUCCUACCCACUGUUCUGUUUUAAACAAACAUGGUGAAUAACUUUCACAAAAGAAAGCGAAAAAAGGUCCAUGAUUGAAGGAGAAACUAAACGAGAAUUGCAAUCAUGAGAAUGAAUACCUUAACUAAUGUUAAAGCUUUGGGAGACUUAGAUUAGACUUGCUGAAAAGCAAGAAGGGGUUCCAGGAUAAUGUUCCACAUUUGCCUGAGCUGCACACAAUAUUCAGCCUUAGGAACUCUUCUUCAGGGAUAACUGUUAAUUCAAAAAAAUUUCAUUUGCCUUUACAGUUGUCGACACUUAAACGUGCAGGGAGAAAGUUUAGAGAGCGGCAAUAUAACCUUUUGAAGGACUAAGCUUAUCGGUAGUUGGUCUAUACUGUAACUUCAUUGGUGUUUUCAUUUACUUUCUAGCUUUUUGGUAGAGCUAGACAUCUCUUUAGGAAUUUGAAUAGGUGACACCCACUAGUUUAUAGUCUAUUUCUAUUGGGUUCUUUUUAGGAAGAUGGACAACAAUAAUACUAACUAUUUAUAAUGCACCUGUCUGAAAACUAAAGUAAAAAGAUCAAAUAUGUAAUGUCCUUUAAUGGUCCAUGCAUUCUAUUCGAUAUUUACAACAAUUUCUGUAAAUAUUUUAAAAUCGAUUAAGAAAUUAGUUAAAGGGUUUCCAGAGUUUACUUAAAAAUAAUUUUUAUUAAAUUAAUACCAUAUACUAAAGGUAAUUUUAAAAUUAAUUUUCAAUUUAUCUCAUAAUAUAUGUUCAUUGCCAUAGAUUGACCUAAUUGAAAAUAAUAAUCUAUUUUAAAACUUUAAAAUUUAUCAUUUUGCAAACUAUUUAUAUAUAUUUUAUUAAAAUAUAUAAA